UCGGUACAAACAAAAAGAUCUUCUGAUACAUAACUUGGUAAUAAUCCUCGUGCCGCCACAAUAAUAUGAUGCUCAUUUCACAUAUAUUGCAGGUAUACAAGAUGUCUGGAUUUAGUCAUUUUCUCCUGUGCUUCUGGAUUCUAGGAUACAUGUUCUGCAGUUCCAGGGCAUGGUAUGUUAAGAUGCCAAGCAAUAUCAAAGGAUUAGUAGAUUCCUGCCUUGUCAUCCCUUGCAGUUUUGACUACAAUCAGUAUCCACCUUACAGACCAGACCGUGUGGUUUGGUACCAGUAUGUGAGCCAGGGAUAUCCUUUGGUUUAUGACAGGUGGUACCCAGAAGAAGUCAUUAAAACAUUUAGAGGUAGAACACGCUUAUUUUCUCCCGCAUACAAGACAUGCAGUCUUGAAAUCUCUCGAGUGAAGUGGUCUGACCACAGACAGAAGAUUUACCCCUGGGUAGAUCCAGAGAAUGUCGGAAAAAGCACCUAUCGAUUCUUUGACACAACUGUAACAAUUGAAGUAGUGGACAGGGCAGAGAUGCCACAUAUUAUGAUCUUUGGUGAAAGGAAGGUUGGACAGCCUGUGACAGUGCAGUGCACUGUUUAUCACACCUGUCCCACUUAUCCACCUACUCUGAGUCUCAACGGCAGAACACAAGGCACUGGUAUAACUCAUAGCUCAAUGUCUGAUGGCACAUCCAGAACUACCUUGACGGUCACACUGAACAUAGAGAGAGACCUCCAAACUGUGAUGUGCAUGGUCCGACACAAAAGUGGUCACAGCGAAACAGCCUCUGUAACCUUAAUUUCUGAAUGCUCCUUUUUACCCCUGACCAUCACAACUACAACAGACGAAUUUCUUGAGGGACAGCCAAGUAAAGUAACCUGCAAUGCUGUGUACACAUGCCCAAAACAUAUACCAACUUUCAAGUGGAACUAUGGUAGCAUGCCAACCUCCACUGAUACCAUAAAGAGUCAAAGUGCUCAGUGGAAGACCGUCUCCACACUGACAUUCACAGCAUCGGCCAAAGACCAUGGAAGGUCUCUGACAUGCUCUGCACAAUUCACUGGGGGUCCGAGGCAGGAAGCGAGCAUCACCCUACGGGUAAAGAGAAAUAUGCUCUCUCGUGGUUGGUCCUUCACCACCCCUAGCAGCAUCACAGGCAUGAGAGGCUCCUGUAUCGUCAUUCCUUGUAGAUUCACCUACAGUAUCUCCCAGCCUGCUGACCUCCAGGUUAUAUGGUACUUGUUCCAGAGCAAUGGAUACCCAUCUGUUUUUGACCUAAAACAGAAUGUUAUUAGCAGGUAUAGUGGGAUAACUAGCUUGAUUGGAUCUGUGGGGGAGAGGAAUUGUAGUCUUAAGAUUGAGAGGUUGGAGAUGACACACAACCAGGACAGACUUUACCCUUGGGUAGACAAGAACCCUAUUACCUCCUACCACACCCUGGGCCACACGUUUUAUGACAAAACCUCUCAAAUUAUUGUUUUAGAGCAUGCACAGGAACCGCAGCUUAGCAUCACUGGUAUUCCAAGGGUGGGAGAGCAGAGCAGAGUGUCCUGCACUGUGCGCCAUACAUGUAUCUCUGCUCCCCCGAUCCUGGCCCUGAAUGGUAGAACUGGAGCAGACCAAAUUAUGGACACUCUGGUAUCUGAUGGGAUUUGGGAAAGGAAAGUAGAGCGAAUCUGGACUGUAGAAGAGGAGGACCAGAGUGUGAAGUGCACUGUUAGCUACCAUGGUGGUCAGACAGCCACAAGUGAGCUCAGGCUGAAUGUUGAAUGUCCGUAUGAAAAAAUCAAAAUGACUGAGAAGCCAGGCGAGGCAACGGAGGGUGUGGCAAAGAGUGUAAUCUGUUCUGUUUCGUAUAAGUGCAAGAAAAAUACGCCAACCAUCGUGUGGAACUACAAAGACAUGCAGAGUUCGUUACAGACCAGAAAGAUCUCCAGCAAUACUUAUAAUGCUGUGUCAAAUCUAACCUUUAUUGGCACUCUUGGGGAUGACAAUAAUUCUUUGACUUGCACCGCUCAGUUUAUUACUGGAGAGACCUCAGACUCUGCAACCAUUCAUAUAAAAAAAUAUGAGAAACCAGUUGAAGAAGUAGAUCCGCAUGAAAAUGACACAUUCCACGUUCUCGCUGCUGACGUCCCUUUCAGAUUCAGCGCCCUGACCCGCUCCUGUGUGGUGAUUCCCUGCAGCUUCCAGUUCCAGGAGGAUGUGCCUCUCACACGUGGCAUCUGGUCCAAAAAAAACGGGGGCAUCGUCUUCCAUAACGGCCAGAGCCGAGUGCUUGACCACUUCAAAGGCCGCACAAAAAUAUUAGGAGAUCUGAGUGAAGGAAACUGUACAUUAGAGAUUGAUGACAUCAAACCCUUUGACAAUGGGCCCUUCUGUUUCCAUGCAGAGAAAGGAAAUGACAAAUACAGAUUCAACAAUAGCUGUGUAUUUAUUGUUAUGAAAGCUUCCCCAGAAAAACCAGUGAUGACCCCAGUUCCAGCAGAAGUCGAUGCUGGCUCAACGAUUACUGUCUCGUGUUCUGUGACGCACACAUGUCCAUCACAUCCUCCAGUGGUCUCAUGGAGUGUCCCUAGCCUCACCAGUGAGGUCAUACACACCUCAAUGCAGCAGGGCAUCUGGCAGACAACCUCCACCAUCAGUUUCAUGGUUGCAGGAGGUGACGGGGUCAAAAACCUAACUUGUACUGCAAUCUCCUGGCGUGACAAGCAACAAGCCAACACAGUAAAGCUGACUGUAAAGGGAUCACUAAUGUACCAGUUAAGAAGCUCUCUACCAGUAUCCAUUCCAGUGUCAAUUCUCCUGAUUGCAAUCAUCCUAGCUGCAGUGUUUGGAGUGUUCAUUUAUAGGAAAAGGAAGCGCACUGACGACUCGCCACCACCUCGACCAGAGAAAAGGAGAUCACUAUGGGAUAGAUUAUCCAGGAGAUACCCUGAAGGCAGGGAAAGACCCUCAAGGCCGGAAAAACGGGGGUCCAUUUGGAGUCGAUUCUCCCGGGGAACAAGGGACGACGGUGUCGAGUGGCAAAAUGAGAGGAGACCCAGGAAGUCAUUCUGGAGCAGAUUUUCAAGACGCCAAGAUGACACUGUGAACCUCAAUGUUGGCUACUCACACAACAGCACCGCUGUCAAAUGUGACACUCAAUUCUCCAAACAACGCUUUCCAUCCCCGAAGGAAAACCGGAGACCUCCUCGCUCUGCCAGGCCUGAGGUUAGUAGUGCUGUGGAUAGCCUGUAUGGCAACAUUUAAGUUCUUCGAGAUAUCUUGCAAACAUCUCGUGCUUCCAGGACCAUGUUGCUGUUAUCAUUUUACAUUCAUAUACAUGCUUAACAUUACAUGCUUGUUUGUGUGUGGGAGAAGUGAUGUCGGUCUUGUAUUAAAACAAUUUACUCACUCAUAAAAUAUAUCAAUAUAAAAUAUAUCAGCUGUCGCUUAACUCAAUUUGUGCACCUGUUAAAUAAACAUAAUAAAUACUUACUACAAACUCUA